AUGAGUCUGUCACAGUUAUUACCUUCCUCUAGAAGAACCUCCAUUGUAGAUGGUCAAGAAUGUUCACAGUUAAAUGCAUUGCUGCGUUCGCCUUUUAAAUCAACUGUUAGCUGUGAUAACAAUUUAACGCAAACCAAUAAUGCCAAAACAGCUAUCAACACCAGUAUUACCACCAUUGGUGAACAGGUGGCAGCAAAUAGUGUGCCCCUCAAUACCACUACUUAUGAAAACAGCGAAGUUUUUGGUACCAAUGUUCAGCCACAGAGCUAUGAACAAUGGAGUUCGGCAUUGGAAGAUAUUCAACAAUGCUUGCCAUUUAUCAAGAAUGCAUUUGAGGAGAAUCAAAAGUUGCAAACUGAGAAUAUAAAAUUGAACGAGGAGAAUACAAAGUUGAAAAGAUUUGUACACGAGCUGAUACAAUUAAACCAUGAAAUUCUGCAAAGAUUCAAUGUUUUGCACAAGAUGGUUGAUAAUGAGGCUUUUAAAGAACUGCAAUAA